AUGGCGCCUAAGAAGAAGGGCGGCAAGAAGCAGGCCGACGACUGGGAGAACGAGCUCGGUGAGACCGCCGAUCCGAUUGCUCAGGCCACCGAAGAUGCAAAGAAGGCAGAAACGGAGAAUGACGCUGCAGAGGGGAUGAACGGUGGCGGUGGGUUGAUGGCUGCUUUGCGCAAGAAUAAAGACAGGCGUGCCAAAAAAGGCAAAACGGUUAUCAAUGACUUCGUUGAAGGCGAAGAAGCAGUUGGUAUUACCCCAGCGCAGCCUGAGAACGACCUGGACGCCAAAGGCCCUACGGAAGCAACCUUCGAGGACGAUGAUGAUGUUUUCGCUGGCAAUGCUCAUAAGAAAGCCAAGGGAGGCAAGAAGCAACAGGACAAGGGCGAGCCGGCUGCUCCCGCCGAGGAGGACGAAGACGCGGGCGAGGCUGGUGGAAUGAAGUCCAAGAAGGAGAAAGAACGGGAGAAGAAGGAACGGGAGAAGCAGAGAAAGAAAGAACAGCAGGCUGCGAAGAAAAAGGCUGUCACCCCGGCACCAGCCCCCAAGGUUGAGGAAGCCAAAGCCGCCGUGCCUGAGAAAGCCGAAACUCCAGUCACCGCCCCGGAGAAAGAAGAGAAAUCCGGCAAGAAAAAGAAGAUCCCUGCCCAUCUCGCUGCUAUCCAAAAGCAGCAAGAGGCUCUUGCGAGACAGCGAGAAGAACAGGCCAGAAUAGAAGCCGCUGAAAAAGCCGCCGAAGAAGAGCGCCUACGAAAGGAGGAGGAAGAGGAGAGAAAGAAAGCUGAGGCCAGGCAAAGAAAGAAGGAAAAAGAAAAGGAGAAGAAAGAACAACUCAAGAAAGAAGGCAAACUCCUCUCCGAGGCUGACAAGAAGAGAAAGCAGCAACAGGAUCUCCGUCUCAAGCAGCUACUUGAAUCUGGCGUCAAGGUUGCAGGUUUGACCGAAAACGUCGAAGAAAAGAAAAAGCCUGCGGUCGACAAGAGGCGGAAAGGUCCGAAGAAGGAAGAGGUCGAUCUCGAAGCUGCUGCAGAGAGAGCGAGACAGGAAGCGGAAGCUGCUGAAGCAGAACGCCAGCGUCUGGCAAAGGAAGCUGAAGAGGCCGCCGCUGCUGCCGCCGCCGCUGCUGCAGCAGAGGCAGAGGCUGCCAAACAGGAAGAGUCUUCGGAGCUCGACGACUGGGAGAAGGCUGCUGAUGAAGAUAUUAAGGAGAGCUGGGAUGCUGAAUCAAAUGAGGAAGAAGAGGAAGAAGCCGCCAAGGCUCCCCCCAAAGCAGCUGCAAAUGGAAUCGCUUCGAAGACGGCUACUAAAGCCGACACCAACGGAGCAGUGACCAAGCCUCCCGCAACGUCGAGCCUACCCUUGCGGGAGUCAAAACCACCACCAAAAGAGAGGGAUAUCGAAUCAGAGACAGAAUCGGAAGAGUCGUCUUCAGAAGAGGAAGGCACUGUCGCCCAGCGAGCACUGGCGAAGAGGAAAGCAGAAGCAGCCGCCAGGAGAGCAAAGGCUCACGAAGAAGCCCUGGCUGCCCGGUCUAAAGAUAACCUUCGUUCACCCAUUUGUUGUAUCCUGGGCCACGUCGAUACUGGCAAAACGAAGCUUCUAGACAAAAUUCGACAGACCAAUGUCCAAGAAGGCGAAGCAGGGGGUAUUACUCAGCAGAUCGGUGCGACUUACUUCCCCGUGGACGCCCUGAAGCAGAAGACAGCCGUUGUCAACAAAGACGGCAAGUUUGAGUUCAAAGUGCCUGGACUGUUGGUCAUCGACACACCUGGUCACGAAUCCUUCUCCAACCUCCGAUCUCGCGGUUCUUCACUCUGCAACAUUGCCAUUCUAGUCGUCGAUAUCAUGCACGGUUUGGAGCCGCAGACGUUGGAGUCGAUGAAACUGCUGCGAGACCGCAAGACACCAUUCAUUGUGGCUCUCAACAAGAUUGAUCGUCUCUAUGGCUGGAAGAAAAUCGACAACAACGGCUUCCAGGACAGUCUCGCUUUCCAGUCCAAGGGCGUGGUGUCCGAGUUUGAGAGUCGACUCGCCGAAACCAAGCUUGCCUUUGCCAAGGAGGGCUUCAACUCCGAGGUCUUCUAUGAAAAUAAAGAUAUGCGCCGAUACGUGUCACUGGUGCCAACGUCGGCGCACACGGGUGAAGGCAUUCCGGAUCUGCUCAAGCUCCUGGUGACAUUGACCCAGGAGCGGAUGACUUCCAGUCUGAUGUACCUGUCCGAAGUGGAAUGUACCGUCCUUGAAGUCAAAGUGAUUGAAGGCCUCGGUACCACGAUUGAUGUGGUGUUGUCGAAUGGCGUGCUUCACGAAGGCGACCGGAUUGUGCUUUGUGGCACUGACGGGCCUAUUGCGACCAAUAUCCGGGCGCUUCUGACCCCUGCUCCGCUCAAGGAGCUGCGUCUCAAGUCCCAAUAUGUGCAUAACAAGGAAUGUAAGGCAGCGCUCGGCGUGAAGAUCGCAGCCAAUGAUCUGGAAAAAGCCAUUGCUGGUUCCCGAUUGCUUGUGGUUGGACCUGAGGACGACGAGGAAGACCUGAUGGACGACGUCAUGGCGGACCUGCAAAGUCUUCUCAGCAAGAUAUCCAAAGACAACCGAGGUGUCAGCGUCCAAGCAUCUACUCUAGGCUCUUUGGAGGCUUUGUUGGAAUUCCUCAAGCAGAGUAAAAUUCCUGUUGCAAACAUCGCCAUCGGGCCGGUGUACAAGCGAGACGUCAUGAUGGCGGGCACCAUGCUGGAGAAGGCGAAAGAAUACGCGGUGAUGCUUUGCUUCGAUGUCAAAGUCGACAAAGAGGCACAGCAGUACGCGGACGAGAAUGGCAUCAAGAUCUUUACGGCGGAUAUUAUUUAUCACCUGUUCGACAACUUUACCAACCACAUGAAGGAAUUGCAGGAAAAGAAGAAGGAAGAGAGCAAAAUGCAUGCCGUCUUUCCUUGCGUGCUCAAUCCUAUCCAGGUGUUCAACAAGAAGGAUCCCAUCGUGGUGGGCGUGGAUGUGGUCGAGGGCAGCCUGCGUCCAUUGACACCGAUUGCGGUGGUCAAGACCAAUCCAGUGACGGGGGUGAAAGAAGUCAUCACCCUGGGCAGAGUAUCAUCGAUCGAACGCGAACACAAGGCCAUUCCGCUCUGCAAGAAAGGACAGCCGUCGGUGGCCGUCAAGAUUGAAGGACCCAACCAGCCCAUGUACGGACGACAGCUGGAAGACAAGGAUACUCUGUACUCUCUGAUUUCUCGCAAGUCGAUCGACACCCUCAAGGAAUUCUACCGAGAUGAGGUGACGAGGGAUGAAUGGGCGUUGCUGAAGAAACUCAAACCCGUUUUCGACAUUCCUUAG